CAUAUUUACUCUACAUAAAAAUCAGAACUUUGGUUUCCCUAAAAAUAAAACCAAAUUUGCAGCCUUAUUUUCACGCAAACCCAGUCUUUUCUAGUAAAAUUUUAACAAAUUCGCCAUAAUAAUGGCUUUCUCUCGCAUCUUAUCCCGCCAUUUAGCAACAUUCACAAAGCUCAUUUCUUCAUCACCCCAGUUUUCAAAUCUCACUACUACUCCCCUUAAAAACCCAGUUUUUUCAUCUUUGUUUGCACCCAUUCAUCCAAUUCUUCUGAUAAAUGCAAAUUCAGUGUUAUUUAACAGUUCAAUUCAUGGGUCUUCAACGAAUACCCCAGUUAUACCUAAAGCGAAAGCAGAGGAAGAAAACAAGCCAACACAAUUAACCCCUCAAAUUAUCAUAGAUUCUGAGAAAAUUUGCAAAAAGUUGUUGAAUAUACCAAAAGAUUCUACCAUUGAAUCUACAUUAGAAAAUUGUGGGGUUGAAGAAAUGACACCCAUUUUAGUUUUAGAGGUUUUGAAGAAGCUAAGUAAUGCAGGUGUUCUUGCUUUAGGGUUUUUCAAGUGGGCAGAAAAGCAAAAGGGAUUUAAACAUACAAAUGAUUGUUAUAAUGCUUUGAUUGAUUCAUUGGGUAAAGUUAAACAGUUUAGCAUGAUUUGGAGUUUGGUUGAAUCUAUGAAAAGCAAAGGGAUUUUAACAAAAUAUACAUUUAAUCUAAUUAUUAGAAGAUAUGCUAGGGCAAGAAGGGUUGAGUAUGCUGUUAGUACUUUUGAGAAGAUGGAAAAGUAUGGAAUGACGAUUGAUUCGUCGGAUUUCAAUAAAUUUCUCGAUACAUUGUGUAAAUCUAGACAAGUUAAGGAUGCACACAAAGUGUUCGAUGAAAUGAAAAAGAGAAGGUUUACGCCGGAUAAGAAAUCCUAUUCAAUAUUGUUGGAAGGUUGGGGUCAACAGCAGAAUUUUCUGAAAUUAGAUGAAGUUUAUAGAGAAAUGAAAGAGGAAGGGUUUGAGCUUGAUGUUGUGGCAUAUGGAAUUAUUAUGAACGCGUAUUGCAAAGCGAGGAAAGUGAGUCUAGCAGUGGAGAAGCUUCAAGAGAUGGAAGCAAAGGGUAUUGAGCCUAGUGGGCAUAUCUAUUGUAUUUUGAUCAAUGGGUUAGGGUCGGAUGGGAGACUCGGUGAAGCUUUGAAGAUGUUUGAGAUGUCGAAAGCUAAUGGUGUUGCUCAAGCACCCACUUAUAAUGCUGUGGUUUGCUCAUAUUGUUGGUCAUUGAGAUUUGAUGAAGCAUUUCGAAUGGUUGAUGAAAUGAGGAGAUGUAAGGUUGGGUUAGAUUCUAGAACAUAUGACAUAAUUAUUCAUCACUUAGUGAAGGCUGGAAAACAUGAGGAGGCAUAUUCCGUCUUCCUAAAGAUGAGCAAUGAUCAAGGUUGUGAUCCUACAACAUGCACGUAUGGUAUUAUAAUGAGAAUGUUCUGCAGCAAAGGUGAACUAGAUAAGGCAGUGAAGAUUUGGAAUGAGAUGAAGGCUAAGGGGGUUAUUCCGGCAAUGCAUAUGUUUGCUACAAUGAUUAGCAGCUUCCGGCAAGCAAAUAAACUGGAAGACGCGUGCAAGUAUUUUGAUGAAAUGAUGGAUCUCGGCAUUAGGCCUCCUGCUAUUGUUUACAGCAAACUCAAACAGGCUCUGCUUGAUGAGGGAAAGAAAGAUACUGCUCAAAGUUUGACUCUGAAGUUUAAUGCAUUAAGAUUCGCUCCUAAUCCUAUGAAAAGACAACCUAAACCUAAAUCGGCUAAAUGAUUACAAUCCAAUUCAGAAUUAUGAAGAAUCAGUUCAUCUGCCUCAUAGUUCCGGAUGCAAUCCAAGUCAGCCUUACUCAACUUAAUCAGUGCUCCAUGCUUUUUCAAUUUUCUGGUCUUAAACCUUACUUCUUGGUGACUUACUGUAUCGAUCAAGCUUUUUUGUUUUGUCCUUAAUCUGUGAUGGAAAUAUAUUUAAAAUAGGAUGAUGUAUCCUUCAAUUCUUGUGUCCAUUGUCUGUUGCCUAACCACUGUUUGUAAAGACUGAUUCGGGUUUUGGUAAUUCAUAGGAUUAACUUUAAACUUUCUGGUUACAUGAUCCAUUUAAUGCCUACUAAAACAA